AGAGGAAGGCGGGUUCUCAGUUCGGGAGUGGUCGCCGCCGGUGUGCGGGAAAGUAAGUCUUGCGGCUACACCAUGACGUCCGUAGGGACCCUUGCCUUCGACGAAUAUGGGCGCCCUUUCCUCAUUAUCAAGGACCAGGAACGCAAGACUCGUCUUAUGGGACUCGAGGCCCUCAAGUCACAUAUAAUGGCAGCCAAGGCUGUAGCAAAUACGAUGAGAACAUCACUUGGGCCAAAUGGCCUGGAUAAGAUGAUGGUAGACAAGGACGGCGAUGUGACUGUGACCAAUGAUGGGGCCACCAUUUUAAGCAUGAUGGAUGUUGACCAUCAGAUUGCCAAGUUGAUGGUUGAGCUGUCCAAGUCCCAGGAUGAUGAAAUUGGAGAUGGGACCACAGGCGUGGUUGUCCUGGCUGGUGCCUUACUGGAAGAAGCCGAGCAGUUGCUCGACCGGGGCAUUCACCCCAUCAGAAUCGCCGACGGCUAUGAGCAGGCUGCCCGCAUUGCCAUUGAGCACCUGGACAAGAUCAGCGCCAGUGUCUUUGUGGACAUAAAGGAAACUGAACCCCUCAUUCAGACGGCAAAAACCACGCUGGGCUCCAAAGUGGUUAACAGCUGCCACCGACAAAUGGCCGAGAUCGCUGUGAACGCGGUGCUCACUGUGGCCGACAUGGCGCGAAGAGAUGUGGACUUCGAGCUCAUCAAAGUGGAAGGCAAAGUGGGCGGGAGGCUGGAGGACACCAAGCUGAUCAAGGGCGUGAUCGUGGAUAAGGAUUUCAGUCACCCGCAGAUGCCCAAGAAAGUGGAGAACGCCAAGAUCGCCAUUCUCACGUGUCCGUUCGAACCACCUAAGCCAAAGACAAAGCACAAGCUGGAUGUGACCUCAGUGGAGGACUACAAAGCCCUUCAGAAGUACGAGAAGGAGAAGUUUCAAGAGAUGAUCCAGCAGAUUAAAAACACUGGUGCUAACCUCGCUAUUUGCCAGUGGGGCUUUGACGAUGAAGCAAAUCAUCUACUUCUUCAGAACAGCCUGCCUGCGGUUCGCUGGGUGGGAGGCCCCGAGAUUGAGCUGGUGCAGGAAAUCUCGUUUGGUACCACGAAGGACAGGAUGCUGGUCAUCGAGCAGUGCAGGAACUCCAGGGCCGUCACCAUUUUCAUCAGGGGAGGGAAUAAGAUGAUCAUCGAGGAAGCAAAACGAUCCCUUCACGACGCAUUGUGUGUUAUCCGAAACCUCAUCCGGGACAACCGCGUGGUGUAUGGUGGAGGCGCUGCAGAAAUAUCCUGUGCACUGGCCGUGAGCCAGGAGGCAGACAAGUGUCCGACCUUGGAGCAGUACGCCAUGCGCGCAUUCGCAGAUGCGCUUGAGGUCAUCCCCAUGGCCCUGGCCGAGAACAGUGGUAUGAACCCCAUCCAGACCAUGACCGAGGUCCGCACCCAGCAGGUGAAGGAGGCCAACCCCGCGCUCGGCAUCGACUGUCUGCACAAGGGCACAAACGACAUGAAGCAACAACAUGUCAUAGAAACCUUGAUUGGCAAAAAGCAACAGAUCUCUCUCGCUACACAAAUGGUUAGAAUGAUUUUGAAGAUUGACGAUAUCCGUAAGCCUGGAGAAUCUGAAGAGUGAAGAGAAUUUUAGAGUAAGAUGCAGUAGCGAGACCCACUACUUGAUGAUUAAGUGGAUGGGCGUCUUGCGGUGCAGUGACAGUUAUUUAUUGUUACGCCCUUUUCUGCCGCUCUGUGCUGUGUUAAAAAUAGCUGUUUGGUAACCGUGGGAUCACUUGUUCAGAGCUGUGUAAUUGUAGGAAUACUGUUCCACACACAGGCUUUUGUAUUCAUUAAAGCGAUCUCUUUAAGCCUUU